AAAAAGGGUUUUGAAAGAGAUAAAGCCCUGCAAGAUUGGGUUUGCGCCGCGGUGCAUUCGAAGCUUGCUGUUGCUCGGUGGAGACCUCCAAUGGCGUCCCAACCAGCGCGCGAGUGGCUUGGCAUCCAGAGCCUCCCCGGAGCUACCCAAACCAAGCUACACGAGCUUCUCAGCAAGCUCAAGCAAGAGGAGGUGAGCACGGUGACGAUUUUGGUGCUGGGGAAGGGCGGGGUGGGGAAAUCGUCCACUGUAAACUCUAUUCUGGGUGAGCGGGUGGCCUCUGUUAGCGCUUUUCAGUCUGAAGGGCUGAGGCCUAUGAUGUUCUCGCGGAGCCGCGCUGGCUUCACUUUGAACAUCAUUGAUACUCCGGGACUCGUGGAAGGUGGAUUUGUGAAUGACCAGGCUCUUGAUAUCAUUAAGAGGUUUCUUCUGAACAAGACUAUUGAUGUCCUUCUCUAUGUGGACCGGUUGGAUGCCUAUAGAGUUGAUAGUUUGGAUAGACAAGUUAUUAAGGCCAUCACUGACAGCUUUGGUAAACGAAUAUGGAGGAGAGGUCUUCUUGUCUUUACUCAUGCUCAAUUGUCGCCACCGGAUGGAUUGGAAUAUGCCGAGUUUUUCGCUAGACGAUCUGAAGCACUUCUGAAAUUUAUUAGAUUGGGAGCUCGUAUUAAGAAGCAGGAGUUUCAGGAUUCUAUGAUUCCCGUGGUCCUGGCUGAAAAUAGUGGGAGAUGCAAGACAAAUGAAAGUGGAGAAAAGGUUCUCCCUGAUGGUACUGCAUGGAUUCCAAACUUGGUGAAAGAAAUCACAGAUGUUAUCUUGAAUGGGAGUGAUGCCAUUACUGUCGACCAGAAAUUGAUCGAUGGCCCCAAUCCAAAUGAUCAGGGAAAAUUCUUCAUUCCUUUAAUCCUGGCUUUUCAGUACUUCGUUGUGGUGAAAUUGAUCAAAGGGGCGAUAAAGAAUGACACCAAGAACGAAAAGAAGCCGCUCUGGGAGCUACGAGACAUGGGUUUGGCCAACCGAAAAUUUUAGAAUGAUGAUGCAUCAAUCAAGCUUUCCUUGCAUCGGAAUAACUUCCAAGUUAUUCAGCGGAUGAAGGUUUUCUGGUUGAGAAUGAGAUCUAUACUCUAGUGAAUUCAGUUUUUUUUUUUCCUUCUUUACUUCUACUGAUAUUUCUUCUAUCAUACCUUGUAUGGUUAACUAUUUCACUUUAGUUGGAUUUAAGCACCUUUGUUUUAAACUAUGGUUAAUAUUCCAUGUCUAUUCUUGGUCUC